AUGAGCAAGGACGGGUCAGCACUUUUAAAUUCUGGCUUCUGGGGAAGCUUUGCGUUGGCACGGCUUGCAGCAGUACCCAUCUCAAAAUACCUUCCACCAUCCAAGAUGCUGUGUUUAGAUUUGGUUGGCUGUCUGUUGGGAUCGGCUGUACUAAUUUCACAGAUCAAAGAUGGUGAUUGCAGUGCUGCAGACUCAACAAAAUUGUGGGUGGGAACAGAUAUUUUUGGCAUCUCAACAUCUUCAGUCUUCCCAGCUGGCAUAAGCUGGGCAGAAAAUUUUGUGACUGUAUCAGGAAGGACAGCAUCUCUUUUUCUAGUCACAUCAAGCACCGGUGCAAUGUUGAUUCCACUAUCCGUGGGUAGCACAAUAGGG